AAAAUCAUUGGGCUCUCUGUUACAGUUGAGGGAGUGCGGGAUUUCCAAGGACGAAGAAGAAGAAGAACAAGACGAUCCUUUCUGAAACUGAAAACCACUGUUUUGGAUUAUUCCGCCACCGCCACCGCCACCGUUUUCGGGUUCUUCUUAUGUUUUUUUGCUUUGCAAUGUAGUGCGCUGUAAGAUUGGUUAUAGGGUAAUGGCCAAGUGUCAGUCCAACAGCCUUGGAUCAUUGGUAAUCGAUGGUAUCGCCGGCGCCAAUGCAGGUACUCGACACUUCCGGUUUUGUACUGCGUUUUCUGGAGCUGCAUUCCGUCGGAGAAUCUAUGACGCUGUUAGUUGCGGUGGGAGUUCUCGGUACGGCCAUCGGUACAACGAUGAGAUGAUGGAUGAUGAGCAGAGCACGGGGAACAGAUCGGCUUCGGAGACUAGGGAUUUGAAGGAGGCGGAGCAGCCGAGGAAUCUGAAACUGGCUAAUGGAAGAUCCGAGAAGCUUGUGGAUCUUUUGAAUUUGGCGGAGUCGAUGGAGACGGAGAAUGAGGAGGAGACUAGAAGGAAGGAGGAGGAGUUGGAGGAGUUGAAACGCACGGUGGAGGAUUUGCAGGCGGAGGAUUUGGUGAGGCGAAAGUCGGCGGCUAGCAAAGUGAGGCUUAUGGCGAAGGAGGAUUUGGUAAUACGAGGGACGCUUGCUCUUCUUGGAGCCAUUCCUCCUCUCGUUGCGAUGGUUGAUUUGGAAGAUGAACAAUCUCAGAUCGCUGCGCUUUACGCACUGCUAAACCUUGGAAUUGGCAACAAUGCGAACAAGGCAGCAAUUGUGAAAGUGGGGGUCAUCCACAAAAUGUUAAAGCUCAUUAAAUCAGAGAGUGCAUCAAACUCAUUGGUUACGGAGGCAAUAAUUGCAAACUUUCUCGGCUUGAGCGCUCUGGACUCGAACAAGCCCGUAAUUGGAUCGUCCGGUGCGAUUCCCUUCUUGGUCAAAUCCCUACAAAACACCGACCAUAAAAUUAGCAAUCAGGCUCGGCAGGAUGCUCUAAGGGCGCUCUUCAAUCUCUCAAUUGCCGCAUCAAAUAUCUCAAUAAUAUUAGAAACGGAUUUCAUCCCAUUUCUUCUUAACAUGUUAGGAGACAUGGAAGUGAGUGAAAGGAUCCUUUCAAUUUUAAGCAACGUGGUAUCAACCCGAGAGGGUAGACGAGCAAUAAGCGUCGUUCCAGACGCGUUCCCAAUAUUAGUUGAUGUAUUAAACUGGACAGAUUCACCUGGGUGUCAAGAAAAGGCGUCCUACGUUUUAAUGGUGAUGGCACACAAGCUAUAUGGUGAAAGACAGACAAUGGUAGAAGCAGGAUUAGUAUCUGCUUCUCUUGAAUUAACGCUCUUGGGUAGUGCAUUGGCUCAGAAAAGAGCAUCCAGGAUUUUGGGGUGCCUGAGAUAUGAUAAAGGGAAGCAAGUUUCUGAAAGUUUUGGUGGGAAUCUGGGUGUUGCACCAGUGUCUGCUCCCAUUAUUGGGACUUCAUCUUCUUCAAAUUGCAAUUCAGAUUCUAAAAGGUACCCAGAAGAAUCUGAAGAGGCCAUGAGCGUGGAGAAAAAGGCGGUGAAGCAACUAGUCCAACAGAGUCUACAGUACAACAUGAGGAAAAUUGUGAAGAGGGCCAAUCUGCCUCAAGAUUUUGCUCCUUCAGAGCAUUUUAAGUCGCUUACUGCGAGUUCAACUUCGAAAAGCCUACCAUUUUAGCAUAGUAGACUACCAUGUUAGAUCUGUACCUAGUGUCAUCAUCAGGAAGAAGUUAGCCUCCUCUUUUAAGUUAUUAAAUAGCAGUCAGUUUCGUUAGAGAAGUGGUUUAGCCUUUUAGUUCUUUGGUUAGUGUAAAAAUUAAAUAAAGGACCUACCUCUGUUUCCAAAUUCAAUCCUCAGACAACAACCAGAUCCAGAACCAAAUACCUCGAUAGCUUCCUCGGCCAUGGAAUUGUCUGAAAAUUGAAAAUUCCAGUGGCUGUUUUCACUGAGCGUAACAAAGCUUGGGGCACUGCUCAGUGGGCCAUGUUCAACUCACCAUCACAAUCCACCCUACCUCGGUGGCCCCUUUAAAAUAUCUGGAGCAGGGAACUUGCUGAGCUGUUGUUGGCAGAGGCAAAAUAAUGUGGAAGGGAUGUCUUGAGCACGAGGUAUUGUUUUGUAAAUAUAGAAUUGAGUGAACUCAUUAUUCUAUUAGUGCUGCAGUUCUGUCUUAUUCUUUACUUUUGUGAUGGCCCCAUAUUGUAUAUUUUUCUCCUGUUGGCCUGUAGCAACUUUAGAUCAUAUUUUUCUCUACUGUGAACAGUUUGUGAACCCUUGACCUGUAAUUCCAUGUGGUUUGACAAAUUCAUCUCACAGCUGUGAUAUGAAAUGGUUAGCUAUUUUCUA